UUUUGGGGGCACGGGAGGGCUUUGUGCCACACCGAGGGGUCUGUGCCAGCCAUGGGGCCGGCUGCCACCCCCAGGUUUAGGGAUAACGGCCCCCAUUUUGGGGGGGGGGGACAGACACCCCCGCCCUUCCCAACAUGGCGGCUGGGGCGCGACGAGCCGCGCUGACCUCCCUAAGAUGGCGCCCAGCCGCGCGCCCUCCCCAAGAUGGCGGCGCCCUCUCCAAGAUGGCGGCGCCCUGCGUCCGCGGCGCUCCGGGGCCCCGUUUCCGGCGCUCUUCCCGGCGUGCACCGCGGCGGCGGCGGCGGCGGCGGGGCUGAGGGCGGCAAGAUGGCGGACGUGCUGGACCUACAUGAGGCGGGCGGCGAGGACUUCGCCAUGGACGAGGAUGGCGACGAGAGCAUCCACAAGCUGAAGGAGAAGGCCAAGAAGCGCAAGGGACGCGGCUUCGGCUCAGGUGAGCACCGGGAGCCGCCCGGUGUCCCCCCCCACCCCCGCCCCGCCUCCUUUUUGGGGCGGUUUAAAGGCUUUCGGCGAGUUCGGUGCCGGCAGCGCUCCCCAAUUUUUCUCUCUCCCCCCCUUCCCCAGAGGAGGGCUCGCGGGCCCGCGUGCGUGAGGACUACGACAGCGUGGAGCAGGACGGCGACGAGCCGGGCCCGCAGAGGUGUGAGUACCGGGGUGGGGGGGCUCGGGGGGGGCUCGGGGGUCUUCAGAGCCGUUCCCCACCCCUCUGGGAUUCACCUCACACCCCCAGCGUCGCUCUGCGGGGCUCCAGAUCCCGCUCCCGUCCCCGUUUGGCGUGUCCUGGUUCCACCGCGGCACCCCCGGGGCCUUCCAGGUGGAUUUUCGGGGGUCCUUCAGUGGAACGCGCCCCCACCCCCCCCCCCCGGUAACUCUUCCCUCCUUCCCCGCCCCGCCGCAGCGGUGGAGGGCUGGAUCCUCUUCGUCACGGGCGUCCACGAGGAGGCGACGGAAGAAGACAUCCACGACAAGUUCGCCGAGUACGGGGAGAUAAAAAACAUCCACCUCAACCUCGACAGGCGGACGGGGUACCUGAAGGGGUACACCCUGGUGGAGUACGAGACCUACAAGGAGGCACAGGCGGCCAUGGAGGGGCUGAACGGGCAGGAGCUGAUGGGGCAGCCCAUCAGUGUGGACUGGUGCUUCGUCAGGGGGCCCCCGAAAGGAAAAAGAAGGGGCGGCCGCCGACGGAGCAGGAGCCCGGACAGGAGGCGCCGGUGAUGGAUCCCAGUCGCCGCCCCGCGUGUUACGAGCCCGAACUGGGAGGGAACUGGGAGGCCGGGGAAGGGGUGGGAGGGUGAUGUUGGGACCGGGCGUUUGAGAAGCGGCUGCGGCAAAUUCCUGCCUGCUGCCUGCGGGGUUUCCUGGUGCCCCAAGGAAGCGGCACCUGAAGCUCCCUGGGGUUUCUUCCACGCACGUUUUUGUGGUGGACGUAGCCCCCUGAGCUCAGUUUCUUACCAAACCACAACGUUUUUUGUUUGUUUGUUUGUUUUUUGUUUUAAAUAUUUCUCGGUUGUUUCAUUUUGGGAAGCCCGACCGUGCACCUGGCGUUGGGGCUGCCCUUCUUUUGGAGAGAAAUUGUUUUCUAUUUCCCACACAAAUGUUCCUUAAACCUCCCGAGGGGGUUGGUGACCCUGGUGGCUUUGUUAGCGAGCGAACCCCUGGUCGCUCACAGCCUUUUAAAUAAUUCCUCUUUUGUGUAAGGUUGCCCUCUCGUUAUUUGUUCUUAAUUAAACAUUCUCAGAAACUGUA